AUGGGGUGCAGAUGCUGUAAGAUGAUACAAAGCUAUCUCUUUGAUCCGGUGCAGGUGUCUUCUCCUGGCUAUAUCAAUGAAGUAAGCAGCUGCAAGUUAGAUGAAGACAGCACUGGUAAAUUAAAAGACAGACAGAGCAGUGAAGUCUUGGUGCAUAAAAAUGACCUUCAAAGUGAGGGAUUAAAGAGAACUGAGAGCCGGAGCAGAACAGCCAGUGGCCGGGAGCCCCGCUGGUCUCACCGGGGACCUCUCCCUCCAGGGGACCCAGGAGGGAGCCACAGUGGGGACAAGGCUGAUGGUGCCAUUAAUGGGGUUGGCCCCGCUGCUGCUUUGCAACCCACUGGGAAUCCCAGGCCCCAGUACAGUGGUGAGAACUCCUUGGACAAUACUGCCAAUGACAGUCUCCCGAUGCUUCCCUUCCUAGAAGGAGGGGACACCAGGAAACAGGAUGCUGUGUUACCAGCUGUAGAAGACACCCAUGUCAUCCAAAAUGGAGACUCCGGAGUAUCUUCUAAUACAGAAAGUCUUACCUUGGAUGUACAAGACCACAUCCUACAGAUACCAGCUCCGGAUUACCCUCAACUUUGGGGCUCAGCUGUAGACAGUAGUGAUCAUGAAGAAAAGGAUUGUCUUUUCCAGAACCACGCAGAAAAUGAGCAUCUGGAUGACAUUGUCCUUCAUGGCAUGGAUCCGUCUACUAGGGAGAGGUGGGAUUUGUUGAGUGAGGGCAUGGCAACAGAAGUUCUAAGUGGCUCCUUUGAAGAGGAGGACGUUGCUCAUGCUGUGCCUGUGGUUGAUGCUAAAAGUGGACAGGAGGGUGUCCAUGGCUGCAGUGGGGAUGGGAAUGGAGAGAUGGCGGAGGAGGAUGCAGCAGUGGCGGAAGCACUUGCUGCUCUAGAAGCUGCUACUGCAGGAGAAGAUACUGAUGAGGUAUAUUAG